GGACGCGCACCCUCGUCAACAGCUCGCGCGCGGCCAUCGCUCGCAUACAGGGCCAGAGCGGGUGCCGCAUCCACAUCGAGAGGGGCAAGCAGGAAGUGCGACUCUUCGGAGGGCAUCGCGACGGCAGACCAGCUGCUGGACGAGUUCGCGGAGACGUGCUGCGAGGAAGUUGUGUACUCGACGGUCCCGACUGCGGCGUUGUGCUUUGACACGCUGCAGUCAUUCGCCUACGCGUUCAGGGUCACGCUGCGGGUGGAGGACCAGUCCGUGGUCGCGCUCGGCAUCCGGGCCUCGGUCGCCGAGGCCUGCCAGGAGCUCCGCCGGUACGUCUCGGACCCGGGGAGCUACAGCGCCGACAGGUUACCGGAACCGCCGGAGAGCGAGCGUGAGGAGCAGGCAGACGAGGACCGAGCCCCGCGCGGCGAGGGCGAAGGCGCCGGCCAGCGCGGCCGUCGUCGCCAGGCCUGGGCAGACGCAGCCCGCCGCGCCCAGCGCGCGGGCGGCCGGCAGGCGCGGCGCCCCCGCGGCCAGAGACCCCACGGAG